AAGCCGCCAGGGGGCGCUGCGGGCGGCGCUGGGCCGCGACCAUCGCGGCGGUGCGAGGGGGGGGAGAAACUGAAAGUGAAGGGCUCGGGCCGCCGCGAACCGGGAACCUCGCGGGCCCGAGCCUCCCCCCGCGCCGGCCUCCGCCUCCCGCCCAUGAGGGCGUGAGCCGCGCCGGCCCCAGCAUGUCGGAGGGUUUCGACCGGGCUCCGGGCGCUGGCCGAGGCCAGGGCCAGGGCCGGGGCCGCGGCCGGGGCCGAGGAGGCGGCGCCCUCCUCAGCGGCACGGGCGCGCCGGAGAGCGGCGGCGGGGCCCGCCUCGAGGGCAGCGCUGCCCACGGCCCGGGCCCGGCCGAGCAGCAGCAGCAUAAGCCGGGCGGCUUCCCCCAGCAACAGGAACCGCUGCGGCCGCCGAAGACGGCGCCGCCGGGCACCGGAAACGCAGAACACCUGCGACAGACAAGAAUUCCAUCUGGAUCACAAGAUAAAGUUUCAGUUCCUGAUUCUGGACCAGCAAUGGCUAAACCUCAGGUGGCUGUGGCUCCUGUGGUAAUCUCAAAAUUGUCUGUUAACGCACCUGAGUUUUAUCCCUCAGGAUACAAUCCAAACUUUGCAGAGUCUUCCUUUGAAGAUGGAUGUGAUGGUUAUCUGACUUUGACAGAGUAUGUACAAGAUUUCCUAAAUCAUCUCACUGAACAACCGGGUUGUUUUGAAACUGAAAUAGAGCAGUUUGCUGAAACACUGAAUGGCUGGGUCACUACAGAUGAAGCUUUGCAAGAACUUGUUGAACUCAUCUAUCAGCAGGCCACAUCUGUCCCAAAUUUCUCCUACAUGGGAGCACGGUUGUGUAAUUAUUUAUCUCACCAUCUAACCAUUAAUCCACAAAGUGGAAACUUCCGACAGUUGUUACUUCAAAGGUGUCGAACAGAGUAUGAAAACAGAGAUCAAGCUGCAAAAGGAGAUGAGACUACUCGAAAACAAUUUCAUGCCUUUGUGCUCUUCUUAGCUGAACUUUACCUUAACCUAGAGAUUAAAGGAACAAAGGGACAGGUAACACGAGCAGAAGUUCUUCAAGCUGGCCUUGGGGAAUUACUAAAUGCUCUCUUCUCUAAUCCUGUGGACAACAAUUUGAUAUGUGCAGUGAAACUGCUGAAGUUGACAGGCUCAGUUUUAGAAGAUGCUUGGAAAGAAAAAGGGAAGAAUGAAAUGGAUGAAAUGAUUCAGAGAAUUGAAAAUGUUGUGUUGGAUGCAAAUUGCAGCAGAGACGUGAAACAGAUGCUUCUGAAACUAGUAGAACUACGAUCAAGUAACUGGGGUAGAGUACAUGCAACUUCUCCAUAUAGAGAAGCUACCCCUGAAAAUGACCCAAACUAUUUUAUGAAUGAGCCAACAUUUUACACUUCUGAUGGUGUUCCUUUCACUGCAGCAGAUCCAGAUUACCAAGAAAAAUACCAAGAGCUGCUUGAAAGAGAGGAUUUGUUUCCAGACUACGAAGAAAAUGGAACAGAUUUAACAGGGGCUGGAGAUCCGUAUUUCGAUGACAUUGAUGAUGAGAUGGAUCCAGAAAUUGAAGAAGCAUAUGAAAAAUUCUGCCUAGAAUCAGAACAUAAGAGAAAACAGUGAGAUGCUACACAUAAAUGUUAGUUUAUUAAAGCAGUUUAGGUAUGAUUAGAAUACAGGGGAACAGAGAAUUGUAACAUUUGUACCAAAAUAAGGAAGCUGAGUUUCUUCAAGUACUAACGUUACACAAUUUUCAUUUUGUUAAACAGAAUCUGCCAAAAAUUGUAAACUUAUGCCCUGUAACUUAAAAUAUUGUGUAUAUAUCAUAGUUUAUUUUAUGUACAGGUAAAUGAACAAUGUUUUGGCUGCAAUAAAAUCGAUUUAAAAAUAUUAAAAUGGAAAUAAAACUUAACUAACUGGGAACGGUCCCAUUAAAUUUCUCAUGGGGUAGAAAGGGGAUAAAUAACUUGAUCUAAAUUUAAUUGCUUGCUUGUUUUAGUAUACCUUAGAACUUAUUUAUCCUUUUCUUCAUAUGCAAGAUAUCCGGGUUUUGGUUGGGUUUUGGUUGGGUUUUUUUUCCUUGUUUGGUUGCUCUUUUGUUGUUUGGGGUUUUUUGAGGGGGGGGGUGUUUGUUUUUUUGCUAAGCAGAGUAUUAGCUGAAUAUGGAUUAUCCUUUCUGUAUGUCACAAUCAUGACAAAUGGUUUGUUAAGAUUUUUUUCCCUCCCUUCUCCCCUUUGCAAAACACAUGGGUGAGGUCUAGACUUUUUUUACUGGAACAAACAUUUAAUAUAUUGAUACUGUGAAGAAGCAAGCAGUAUUUUGGAAGUCAGGUGCUUUCAAGACCUUUGGUUCAGCUAUUUUCAACUUUUACAAGCAAAAACUCUCCUUUAAAUAGUUUGCUGUGUUCUUCAAGGCUACAUGAGUAUAGUUAUGUUUUAACCAUGCUCCUCAUGAGUAUGUGCAGUUCUUAAUAUAUUUUUCUGAAUGUAUCUAACAUGUCUAACCUUCUCGCAACCUUUGUAAUUUUCUCCAGUCUUCUAAUUUUAUAUAAUUUGUCAUAAUUUUGUAGCUUGUGUACCCUCAAUCAUUUAUUUCAUAAAUGUUAACAUUUUGAAGCCAGCUGCUCCUUUUUGACCCAAAAUAAUCAUGUUAAUUUUUCUUGGAUACUCCACUGUUGUUGCUGAUUUUAGUUGUACUGCUUCCUGUCAUUUGUUAUUGGUUAGACAAAGUAGAACCCCUUUACGGAAAAAAAAUGGACAAAUAUCCCCAAAAGUCGCUACUGUAAAGAACACAUGUUGUAAAUAUGCAUGUAAAUAAUUCUGUUAAUAUUUCACUGUAAUACGUUUGGUUAAUUAACUUGUGCGUCUGCUAAUACAGUAAGCACUGACUGUUUUCUGGAUGUUUAUUUAACAUAUUCAUUUAGGUCUGAGUUUUGGAAAAUAAAAAUUAACUAGCUUUGUUUCCUUUGGUA